CAAUUGUCGUUUAAAAAAUUGUCAAGUAUCCAAUGUCCAGCAUAUUUAAACUUUUGAUUUUGUUUACGUGGCUAGAAAUAAUAUUUUCAUAUUUUUGUGAAUUGAAGAGUAAAAAAAUGAUCGGUUUUCAAAUACUCUGGUAUAUAAUUGUUUAUUUCACACUAUUUUUUACAAAUGAUAAAUUACAUAAAAAAUUUAAUGGAAAAUUGGUUACUGAAAAUAAUGAACAGGAAAAAUUUAAGACAAGUGUGAAUCAGAAAAAUGUGGUGGACGACAGAAAUUUUACUCCUCAUAUGCAUAAAGUCAUUACGCAACAAAUUCAUAUUAACUAUACAGAUUUGUUGAAAAAUAGUGACUACAAUCUAAAAAUUAGCAAUUUUCUUGUGAAAAUUUUUUAAAAUCAUUUGGACAGUUUAAGUUGUCCUACAAAUGGAAUGAACGUUGAAUCGCUCCCUCCAAUCAAAUUAUUAAAAUUACUAAAUAUUUUCAAAGAAAAUAUUCAAAUAUUCAUCAACAAAAGCAAAGAAACUGAAUCAAUGGAUGAAAAAUCAGGAAAAAAGUUCGUUGAUGAUAUAUAUAGUACAAUUGAAAAUAUUUCGUGCAAUGUCUGUAAAUUUGAAUAUAAUCUUUUUUGGCAUUCUGAAAGUGAUGAUUACUAUGUAGCCAAACAAUUGUUUGAAAUUGUAAAAUUAAUAGACAUAGAUUUUACCACAGUUUCUGCUAUUUUAGAAAAAAAAUCUCAAACUGACCAAACGUCCGUAAAUAAUGCAUACGAACUCAUUUUACAUCACACACAAAGUCUUGAAAAGUUAAAAAUACUAACAUAUUAUAAUUGCAACUAUUUCUUUUGGAGUACAAAGAAAAAACACAUUGAGUUUUAUAAAAAGGAAAAGUAUUUGGUUAAUGAUGAGCCGUUGGAAACUAUUAUUAGUUUAAAAUACUAUUUUAAUAAAUUAUUACAAUCGACGGGAGAUGAAAUUGUAAAUUGUACAAAAAAUAAUCCUGUAUAUGUUUUUUAUAAAUAUGAUACAUUUGUAUCCGAUUGGAAAGAGAUAAAAAGCAGUAAAAGAAGUGACUUUAAUGUUAAAAUUAGAAAUAAAAUUGUUACAUUGAACCGAUUUUUAACAAUUUCAAAACAUUGUAAAAGAAGAUAUAAAUUAAAUAUAAAUUACGCAAGUUUGUUUAGUAAUGAUACUGAAAUAGCUUUAUUUUCUCUAAAUGCUAUUUUUCUUGCGUUACACAAAAUGACAGAUGGAAUUAAUGACAUUGUCGAAGAUUCAAAAUUAAUAAUAUACAAUCAUUAUGUUAAUGUACCCUCUGCAAUUGAUAAAUUAAGGCAAUUUUUAUUUUCUCUCGAGACAUCGCCAUUUAUUAAAUAUCAAAAAAUGAAGAAUAUUUAUUUCUACAAUGGACGAAAGCAAAUAUUUGAUAUAUUGGUUUUAAAAUUCAUUCACUUUGUAAAAAAUGGUGGAACGAAAUUUACUCUUGUUAUUCUGAAGAUGAAGUCGCAGUAAUAGAGAAAGAAAUAAGGACUUUGAUAACUGAAUUAAAAAACAGUUUUGAAUCAUUAAUUGCAAAGCAUUUUCAUGAUCCGAAAAUAUUAAUUGAAAAGACUUUAAAUGUAUUGGAAAGUUUAGAAAAUAAGACUAAUAACUUGAGUAGUGGAUGUUAUAAAAACGAAAUGCUUAAUUCAUCAAAAUAUCAUAUCAUACAGGAAUUAGAAAAUGAAUUAAUAGUAUUCAACAAGUCCAUUGACGAAAAUGACAAUCUCUUAUUUAGAAAUCGAAGUUUAAAUUCUGAAAAAUUAAUUUGUAAAAAUUUUUCCAAAGAAUUAAUUAGGGGUUCCUAAAAAUUAAAUAACGUCGAAUUUCACGAUUUUACUCAAAUCAUUUGAAUAUUUAUGUAAAAAAUCAAAACUUUAUAUUGUGUUCUAAUAUGCAAUAAUAAAAUAAUGUAAAUUAACCAAAAUAAUAAUCAGAAGCAUUUUUACUAUAUAUAUAGGCUUUCACCUAUAAGCACCAAAUUUUAAACCUAUAUCUAGGUCACUUUAGGUCUAAAAUAUAAAUUAGAAGUUAAAGAAAAAUAUGCAUAUACAAAAGAAUAAAAA